CAAACCAACCAGAUGCCAUGGCCACCAGCUUGCGAUAGGAGCACACGGGGCACAGUAUCCUUCCCUCGUAACAUAGAAGAGAUCUAUGAAGCCGUGAAAGAGCUGCACGAUUCGCCAUACCAACUCCCUGAAAGAUUUGAUCGCGACGUCGAGCCUUUGGCGGACAUUCGUCUCGGCUGGCGCAUCGAGCAGCGGCAGAUGGACCUGAUCGUCGCAUGGGCCGAGCUGAACAACCGCCAAGUUGUAGGACCUGAUGGCAAAACUGUUCCAGGCUUCACCGUCAGUUGUGUCAGUCCGUCUUUUGCCCGCCAUCUAGGCAUCACAGGCGGCAUGACCGUCGUCUAUAUUCUCAACCCAAAGGAUGACACCACGUAUGCAUUAGACCGGCUGUUCUGGAUCGACUCGAACCAAACGAUGCCCGAAGAUCGUUAUGACGAGGAACAAAUCCAGCGGAUCGCACAGCAGCUCCAUUUUGAAGGACCUCCGAAGUGGUAUCUGGACCAUGAAUUCAUAUAA